AUGCAGUCUCCCUUCAGCUAUACCGACUCCUACACCUCAUCGCCCGGCGGUAUGGACUUCUUCUUCUACGGGCCUCCGGUCUAUGACAACGUCUGCGACGUCGACACCCAUUUUGUCGAUGUCAUGCCCGAGCCCUAUACGUUCACCAGCGGGCCCAGCGCUCCAGGUGCUCCCUAUGCCUAUGCCCCCACUAUGCCCGACUUCACCGUCUACGACCCCUCCGUCAUGGCCACCAGUAUGCCCAGCCCUACCAGCAGUUGCGGGAGCUCCUACAGCAGUAGCUUCCAUGUCCCCGAGGAGGUCCCCGUCCCCAAGUACCACUUCGCUCCCGCGCCAAGUGAGGAUGUGACUACCCCGGACUCUCCACCAGCUCCCUCCAAGCCUGCUAAGCCCUUCGCUUGUGAUGCCUGCCGCAAGACGUUUACUCGCUUCGCCGAUCUCAAGCGCCAUCAGUCCAGCGUUCAUUAUCCGGUCUUCCGCAACUGCCCCGUCGAGCACUGCUCGCGGAAAGGAAGUAAUGGUUUCCCUCGCCAGGACCACUUGGUCGAACACUUGCGCUCUUACCAUCAUCUCGACGUCCCUAAGCGUCGCGCCUUGAAGCGCUCGGCCAAGGAUAUGGCAUGA